UUUCACACUUUGACUUUGCUACCUUCCUCAUACUACUAAUAAAUUGUAUUUAGCUUAAUUUAUAGAAUACGGUUUAGCUAGAACGUGUUAUCUGUUUUAAGUAUUUUCAUGGUGUAAAGUUUUGUGAGGGUAAAUAUAUACGCACACAGUAUACAUAUAUAGUAUGCUCACGGAAAACAAGGCCAACGAGGGGCAGCCACUUAGAGGCUUGGAAGGGAACAGCUGCUUCAUUGAGUGCCCUUUUCUGUGACCUGUGAGAUUCAAUGGCUUCAGUUAGUGCAGUCAAAUUCUUGCUGUGUUUAGUUUUAUGGCUCUUCAGCUCUCCAACUCCUUGUCAAGGUGAGAAGAACUGGAAUCAAAAGGGGUAUCCAUUCAUCAGAAAGGCAAGCUCAUUCUCAUCAUCUUCAUCGAUUUCAGCAAAAUGGAACAAUGAUGGGUAUGAUUAUAUCAUAGUGGGAGGUGGAACUGCAGGAUGCCCUCUGGCUGCGACGCUAUCAAAGAAAUUCAGAGUACUAGUGCUGGAAAGAGGGGGCGUGCCGUUUAACAAUCCGAAUGUGUCGUUUAUGGAGAAUUUUCACAUUACCUUGGCGGACACUUCUGCAACUUCACCUUCCCAAUACUUCAUUUCAACUGAUGGAGUCCUGAAUGCUCGAGCUAGGGUUCUCGGUGGUGGUAGCUCCAUUAAUGCCGGUUUCUACUCCAGAGCAAGCUCCAGAUUUAUAAAGAAAGUGGGGUGGGAUGCGAGAGUGGUGAACGAGUCAUACCCAUGGGUCGAGAGGCAAAUUGUGUACCGUCCAAAGAUCGCACCUUGGCAACGAGCAGUGAGGGAUGGCCUUCUGGAAGUUGGCGUUUCUCCUUUCAAUGGCUUCACCUUCAAUCAUGUCCAUGGUACCAAGGUCGGGGGCACCAUCUUCGACCGUUUUGGCCACCGCCACUCUGCCGCCGAGCUUCUUGCUUCUGCAAACCCUCGAAAGCUCUCUGUUCUCGUCUACGCCACUGUCCACAAUAUCGUCUUCAACACAAGAGGAAAAAGGCCAAAAGCUGUGGGGGUAAUUUUCAAGGAUGAAAAUGGGAAACAGCAUGAGGCGUUUCUGAGGCAUAAUGGGCACAGUGAGGUGAUAGUGUCUUGUGGGGCUAUUGGGACACCACAACUGCUGAUGCUCAGUGGGAUUGGUCCUAAAGAAGAACUUGAAGGCUUGAACAUUACGGUGGUGCUUGAUAACCCGUAUGUUGGGAAGGGCAUGGCUGAUAACCCCUUGAACACCAUUUUUUUACCUUCUAAAAGGCCAGUGAAGCAGUCACUCAUAGAAACUGUGGGUGUCACCGACAUGGGAGUGUACAUUGAGGCUAGCAGUGGUUUUGGUCAGUCCAAUGAUAGCAUCCACUGUCACCAUGGUAUCUUGUCUGCUGAGAUUGGGCAGCUCUCCACAAUUCCUCCCCAUGAGAGAUCACCUGAAGCUGUUCAAGAUUAUGUCAAAAGUAAGCAAGAAAUACCAGUUGAAGCAUUCAGGGGAGGCUUCAUCCUGUCAAAAGUAGCGAGCCCUUGGUCAAUGGGUGAGCUCAAGCUGAUCAACACCAAUGUGGAAGACAACCCUUCUGUCACCUUCAACUACUUCAACCACCCAUAUGAUGUUCAGCGAUGUGUCGAGGGGAUUCGAAUAGCUGCCAAGGUUGUACAGUCAGAUCGAUUCACGAACUACACUUUGUGUGACAAAGAAAGUACCAACACACUUCUUAACCUCACAGUGAAGGCUAAUGUGAACCUUGUGCCCAAGCAUGUCAAUGACACAAAGUCAUUAGAGCAGUUCUGCAGAGACACUGUGAUCACUAUUUGGCAUUACCAUGGUGGAUGCCAUGUGGGGAGGGUGGUUAGCCAUGAUUAUAAGGUUCUUGGUGUUGAUAGACUCCGUGUGGUGGAUGGCUCAACGUUUACUGAGUCACCAGGGACUAAUCCUCAAGCCACCGUAAUGAUGAUGGGCAGGUACAUGGGACUGAAGAUUUUAAGAGAUAGGUUGGGGAAAUCGGCUGGUAUAUAAGGAUUGAAAGGUGAAUUAUGAAGAUAAAAGGAGCAGUGUUAGUUGUAGGGUUGAAAAUUAAUAUAGCCUAUUUGUUGUAAUUGUCAGUAAAAAUAGAUUAAUAGUAAAAAUCUUGGUUUCUUGAGGAAGAAAAACUUGCUAUAAGGGCAACUUUGGCCUAUAUCUGAAAUAACCUUUUUGGGGGUUUUUUUUUUUUUGGGGGGGGGGGGGUUGUUGUUCAAAAGCAGAAGUUGCUAAAGGUGUAAAAUUGUCUGUUGAACUUAUUUUGAAAGCUUUGCAAACGCUGGAGAGAAUAAGUAGUGUGUCUGAGUGUGGCACUACUGUGUUAUCUUCUAUUCGUUCAUUGUGAAGCGUUUGAUACAGUGAUAUUUACAAAUCCAGUAAUACAAGUUCUUCACGGUUCUUAUAUAUCAGUUCCAUCA